CCGUCACCCCACCUCCUAGACCACCGAGCCACGUCUCGCCGCUACUAGAGGCGAGCCACACGGGUAGAGAAAGAAGCUGGGGGUAAUUAGGUGUCUAGCUAAUAAGUACUCCGUAGCUAGCUAGUGUUCUUCCACAAAUGGACGCUCCCGCGGCGGCCGAGGGUUCCGGCAACGGCGGCAAGCACAUUGUGCUGGUCCACGGCGCGUGCCUGGGCGGCUGGUCCUGGUUCAAGGUGGCCACCCCGCUGCGCGCGGCGGGGUACCGCGUGGACACGCCGGACCUGGCGGCGUCGGGCGUGGACCCGCGGCCGCUGCGUGAGGUGCCCACGUUCCGGGACUACACCCAGCCACUGCUGGACCUCCUGGCGUCGCUGCCGGAGGGCCACCGCGUGGUGCUCGUCGGCCACAGCCUCGGCGGCGUCAACGUGGCCCUGGCCGCCGAGACGUUCCCGGACAAGGUCGCCGCCGUGGUGUUCCUCUGCGCCUUCAUGCCCGACUGCACGGCGCGGCCGUCGCACGUGAUGGAAAAGUUCGUGGAGGGCAAGUGGCUGGACUGGAUGGACACGGAGAUGAAGCCCCAGGACGCCGAGGGCAAGCUCCCCAUGUCUAUGAUGUUCGGCCCCCGGAUCAUCCGAGAAAAGUUCUUUCAGCUCUGCGAGCCCGAGGACAUCACGCUCGCGGCAUCUCUAAUGAGGGUGAGCUCGAUGUUUGUGGAGGAUCUUGUCCUCCAGCAACCCUACACCAAGGAAAGGUACGGGUCGGUGCGCAAGGUGUACAUCGUGUGCAGGGAGGACCACGCCAUCGUGGAAAAGUUCCAGCGCUGGAUGGUGGAGAACAACCCUGUGGACGAGGUGAAGGAGAUCGUGGCGGACCACGUCGUUAUGCUCUCCAGGCCCGACGAGCUGGUGCGCUGCCUCACCGACAUCGCCAACAAGUACGCUUGACGACGCUAUCGAUCAUCAGCCGCUGUUCAGCACAUCUACAUUGCUUCUCGAUCGGCAGUUAUGCAUGUCGUCGUGUUUUAAUUCAUCCCCAAAUUCUCCACUCGUGCUGUGAAAUUGUGUACAACGCUAUUGAGUCUUGUUAAUAAUCUGUAUUCGCCGACAAAAAAUGUGUUUACUGAGGCUCCUGUUCCGGAUAUUUGUAACAAUUAGCAGUUUUCGCUUGUGAUUAUCUGCCGAUUUAUCAGUUAACAAUAUUUUUCUUUCACAAUAAA